GGAUCUUGGUUUUCCUUUGUGUAUGUUGAGGCCUACUGAUGCAGAGACUGCUUCUACACUGGCUGUCUUUAUCUGCAUUUCUUCGUAUGUAUGCGAUUGGAGGGCUUGGUCAUCUGCGAAGUCUAAAUAGUCUAAUUUGUUCUGAGCUGUCUAUUUUAUGCCAUGUUUUCCUUCAGAUGUCGAGGUUUUCACAAUCCAGUCGACCACCAGAAUGAAGAGAAAGGAAUAGAGUAAGCGCCCUUGUCUGAUAACGGUCUUCACUUGAGGUACAUCUGUUUGACAUGUCCAUCUUGAAUACGGACCCACCUGACUGUCAUUUUCUUUGUGAACUAUGUACUUCAACAGUAAAUGCUACUAAAUACAUAUUGGAUAAUGAACCAUUUAUACCGAAGAUAAUUAAGAAUUUUAUGCCAAUUUGUUAUAUGUUACCAAAGUUACAAUAUCGGAAAAUUUGUUAUCAUCUUGUAGACGGUGGUGCAGUUGAUAUAAUUCAUGAAUUGGUGAAUAAAAUCGAUGAAAAUAUCUUUUGUUUUCAUAUUGGAUUAUGUCAUAAUACAAUUCCAUGCCCAAACUUUCAAAAGACAAUGACUUAACACCAUUGCCCUCAGCUUUACUGGUACAUCAUGUUGAUAUGGAACCUAAAUCAAAUAAAGAUGUUCCGUCAGUAAUGUCUGGUCAAAUCUUCCAUGUCAUUUAUGAAAAUUGAUAAUAAAAAUUAAUUACUAUUGAUUACAAUUUAAGUAUGUUUAAAGUUAUUGUAUUUUCAUUUCAGAUAAUGAUUUGUCUACUUAGAUAA